AUGUCGACCAAAUCCUCAUUGCACAGCUUUCGCACACACAGCUCGUCUGCUGGUGAGACAUACACGUCGGGGCAUAGCGUGGUGUCCAGCCGUCAUCGUCGCCAACAACAGCGGACCGAGCCGCCUCUGCCGCCGGCGAAGAUGACGCCCUUCGAGCGCCUGCAGUUGGUUCGCAACGCUAUCACACGACUUCGGUACGUCGGGGAGCGGCAGGGACACACCGCACAGCUUGACACUGCCGGUAGUGAAGAGGUGCUUCACUUCUUCGACAAGUUGCGUGAACGACUACCAAAGCUUGAGUACAAUCCGAGAAAGCUCGGGAGCCCGGACACGAGCGGGCCAAAGCAGCUGCACUACAUCAGCGAACAGGUGCGCAGCCUGUACGAUGCAGCGGCGGAGCUGCUGAAGGGCUGCGAGGAGCAGAUUGGCCAGUGUGAUGCCGUGUACGAGGGCCUGAACUACCACCACCUGCAGGAGGUUCAGCGUGAGUUGGAGGAGCUCCAGCACCUGCUGAGCCACACCCCAUCUGAAAUGGCGAGCCGCGUCAACACUGACCUUCUUUCGGACUUGGUGUCACUGCAUACCAUGGAUUUUGACGCAUUUGCGGAGCAGCGCGUGGAGGCGUUUGUGCGUGAGACGCAGAACGAGGGUGCCGUUUUCAGCGCUGUCGUCAACGAGCUUGCGCAGCGCACGCCCAAACCUGUCGGUCUCGUGUCGACGCUUAUUCUGGACGUGGCUGUCGGCGUGCGACCUGGCCGCUGCGCGCGGAUGGUCAUUGAGCACGCACAGCAAAACCUCACGAAGCUCGAGAACCGCUUGCACACGGCGGACAAACCGCUCUACGCGGCGGGUGCGGUGGAGGGUGCACAGGCGGAGCUGCAGCGCCGCGAGCUGACGAUACUGAAGGACCGCGUCAGGAGUGCCCUCGCAGACCUGGUGCACCUCAAGAAGCGGUGGGAGGAGGAGGAGUCCAGCACGCUUGAGCGCGCCGUCUCUGGGCAACACGUCCUAGCCACGCUGGUGGAGAUGAAGCGGCUAAAAGAGGCAGAGGUGAUUGAGGAAGCGCAGAGCAUCCACGACCGCGCGGUGCACUCGUGUCUGCCGUUCGCCACACCGCAAUACUACCGGCGUUAUGGAGAGACAUACGCUCAGCCAUGCCACGUGCGUCUUGGGUUCAAGUUCCUUGCAGAAGAGCAGGCGGAUGCUCCAGCAAAGGCACUGAUGCUCUACACGCUCAUGCCGGAGUUCUUUGCAUUGAUGCGACAGCAUAACAUUCCAGUGACGGAGCACGAGCGCUACGCCGCACUGGUGCCGAGCAAGGAACAGGUGUGGGUCGCCUUCUCCGACUUCCCAGAGAUGGUGCAGGGCGCCCGCUGCGCCCUUCGCGGCGUCGACGCUCGCCAGGACCAUUUUCGCGCGCUGGAGGAGCAAAAGGAAGUAGGUGGGUAUUUCAUUAUGCGCGGCGGGGAGCGCAUUCUUCGUGCUCUCCUCAUGCAGCGAUGCAAUGUCCCGAUCAACAUCUACCGCGAGCGGUUUGCGACACAAGGCCCAUUCUUCUCCCCCAAGGCUGUUGUUAUUCGCUGCAAGCGUCCAAGUGGCUUGACCAUUCAGAACUAUUUUUAUUAUGCAACCACCGGUGAGGUCAUGUUCAGCUUUGCACGGAAGGUCGUCUGGCACAUCCCCGUCCCUCUCUUGCUGUUCGCCUUGAAUGCCCGAAACUGCUCGUCAUUGGAGAUGUACAAGCUGCUGACGUUAGGCUUCACCAACGGCAGUGAAUCGCACGCGGCACGUGUUGAGGCACUGUUGCAGCACCACCAUCAGAAGCCCUACGGCUCUCUUGUCCAUUUCCUUGAUUACAUUGUGGUGUUGGGCCGCAUGUACCGGAAUUACCACCAGACAUCGAACACGUUCCACUUUUUGCCGCAGUUUCACUCCAGCUGCCAGGGCCAACACGAUGCUUGGUAUGGUCUUUUUAUGCUGCGACGCCAUGUACUGCCGCAUCUAAACGUUGACACGCCAACGCCAGAUUUGUCACCAUCCGCCACCACAGAAGACUGCACCAAGUGGCUUACCCAGGAGCUUCUCCAAGAACUUGAAAACAAGCUCGAUGUAAUGAUCGCCAUUGUGCGGCAACUUUACGCCUUCGUUGACGGACAAACAGAGCACCAAGGCAAUGAUGUGCCUGCCUACCAAGAAAUAUUCACCGUUUCACAAGUUCUCAUGGGUGGCUUUGAGGUCUGUUUGAAUAAAUACAUGAAGGGCUUCGCCUACCGCAUGGGAAGCCACAUUCCAGCUCACCUUUUUCACUCCAUCAUGAAAAUAACCGAAAUGUCAGCCAAAGAGUCCAGUGAAGUCGUCAGCCAGGUGCGGCAGUAUGCGGAGUACAGCGAACGACGGAGUUUAAGCGACCCUCUGGAUGCGCUGCACCGUUUGCUCAUCACAGGCAAUCUUACUCUAGACCGUGAGGAGGACUUCUACUGUCCUCAAACCUCCGGCUGGGUGGUGAUGGCCGAGCACUUGAACUUCUACCGCUUUUUUGAGCAGUUACGGUGCCUCCACCGUGGUAAGACCAUUGCGGAGAUGCGGUCUAGCGAAGUGCGCAGGUAUCCUUGCGAAGCCUACGGUUUUAUCUGCAUGGUUCACAGCCCUGACGGAGAAGACUGUGGCGUAUUAAACCAUUUGAGCGUAAGCACAAUAAUGUCCGAUUCGCUUCCAUCCGGGUCUCGGGAGGAAGCAGAGCUACUGUCGUGGAUCAAGGAGGAAAUUCAGGGUCUACGCAAUAAUGCCUCAUUCGCCUCUCUUGUGGACCAGUUGGUGGGCACUGUCCCUGUCUGGCUUGAGGGGAAACUGCUGGGGUACCUUUCGCCGAGUGAAGCCCAACGUGCAGGCGACGCACUGCUCCAGAAGAAGGCACUAGUGAACCGUAAAGCUUUUGAGGCGAAUGGUCUCGUACGACGCCACAACGUGAGUAUCUUUAACACCAUUGAGGUUGUCAAUGUACCACCGGGCAGCAAAGAUCCCCAGGGACUGUAUAUCUUCUAUGACAAUGGCAGGCUCAUGCGUCCUGUGCAACAAAUUGAGUCUAAUGCCCGUGACAAGGAUCUUCCGUUUCCGUUGGUUUUUGUUGGGGCAUGGGAGCAGACUUGGCUUGACAUCGCCAGCGUCCCUUCUGAUCUACUUGAUGGUGUCACACAACUGAACCGUAAAUACAAAUAUAUGGAGCAAAACGGCAGCAACAUCCUCAGUUUGACGUCCACAACGAUUCCUUUUUUUGAGCACAACUGCUCUCCGCGAAACCUCUUCCAGUGUGGGUUGUCUAAGCAGUCCGCUGGUACGCAAUUGCAGGCACUGGCGUGGCGCAAGGAAGCGAAACUGUUCCGCAUGUAUUGCCCACAGCGCUACAUCAGCCGCACACUUCCAAUGGACUAUUACGGCCUGGAUGAUGUGAAUUUGGGUGUCAAUGCCGUUGUUGCGAUCCUGGCUUACACGGGAUACGACCUGGACGAUGCGGUGAUCCUAAACAGCACCGCCUCGCAGUUUGGCAUGCUUACAGCGGGCAUCACAGUGGCCAAGGUCAUAACGGCCAGUGGAAAGGGUGACAAGGACGAUGUGUUUGUCUUCCAGAACCUGCUGUCGAACGGGCAACCUUUCACACCAGAGUUAGAUGCCCAUGGACUUCCACAAAGGCGUGCGGCUCCAGGUACAACAGAGUUCUUGUCGUUUGACUCGGAUCACAAGUACCCUGCCCUGCGCGACAACAGCGCAGUGUACUGCUGUGCCAAGCGGUACGAGCGUGUCGACCCGCUCACCAACAAGAAAGUCUACGAGUACGCGAGGCACCACGUGACUAAGUGGCGACACUUUGAUAAGGGAGAAAACGCCUGGGUCCACAGCGUUGUUCCACUUACAUAUGACGGACCAGACCCAACAAACGUGCUUGUCGUGUUUCGCAUUCCACGACCGCCAGCGGUUGGCGAUAAAUUCUCGUCGCGUCACGGACAGAAGGGAACUCUGCCACUGCACAUUCGCGCCCACGACUUACCAUUCACCACGCGCAAUGGCAUCACGCCUGAUGUCAUCAUCAACCCGCAUGCCUUUCCCUCCCGCAUGACGGUUGGCAUGGUCCUGGAGAUGAUGGGCGCAAAGGUGGGAGCUAUCCAAGGUCGUUUCUGCGACCACAGUGCUUGGAGUGUAGUGGGCGAGGAGCCGCGCUUUGCGGAAAUGAUCGGGGACGCGCUCCAUAGUGCCGGCUACAACCGAUACGGUCGCGAGACGCUUAUUGACGGCAUCAGCGGAGAGGAGAUGGAGGCCGAUGUUUUUAUGGGCAUCUCGGGCUAUCAGCGGUUGCGGCACAUGGUAAAUGACAAGUGGCAGGCGCGCGCACGCACCGACGCACACACGCACCGCGCAGUGACGAAGACGGGGCAACCGGUGAAGGGUCGCAAGCGCCAUGGCGGUGUGCGGGUGGGCGAGAUGGAGCGUGACGGUUUGCUCUCGCACGGCAUUGCCGAGGUGGUGCUGGAUCGUCUGUUACACGUCUCGGACAAAACGAAGGCGCUUAUAUGCGUGGAGUGCGGCUCGCUGCUGUCUAUUUACGAGCGGCAUGCGACGGAGUACGCGACAUGGAAAACGUGUAAGUUCUGCGGCGCGGGGUCGCAGGAAGCGACCGACACGAUUGCCUUCGUGGAGAUCCCGCAGGUGCUGCGGCUAUGGGCUGCGGAGCUCACCAGCAUCGGCAUUCGAGUCGUACUUAAGACAAGUGAUGGUACGUCGUAA